CGGGGUUCUUUGUUGACACUUCCUGGUUGGGCCCACCUCGAUUCUGUUGCGGGAGCCGGCCUGGGGAAGGACGGUCGUAGCCAUGGCGUACCCAGGCCUUAUGGUGCCCAUCAUUGUGAUGAGCGUGUUCUGGGGGGUCGUCGGCUUCUUUGUCCCCUGCUUUAUCCCUAAAGGUCCCAAUCGAGGUGUUAUCAUCACCAUGCUGAUAACCUGUGCUGUUUGCUGCUAUCUGUUUUGGCUAAUUGCUAUUCUGGCCCAGCUCAACCCUCUAUUUGGACCACAGUUAAGAAAUGAAACCAUCUGGUAUCUCAAGUAUCACUGGCCUUGAGGAAGAGGAUGAUCUGUACGAUUCUCUGUCAUCUAGGUAAAGAAGAUACAUCCUCUACAUGUUAAAGCACCUCUUAAUCCAAAGACUGCCUUAACUCAUCUGUUUGGAGACCAGCUGCCUUAAAUAUUUAUACCAUACUUGAAUUUCCAUCUUAUUCUAAAGUUCAGUAUUUUUUUUUCUGUUAUAUACUUUUAAAAAAUUUACUCUUUGUCAACCUGUGUGCCUACUUACCUAAAGUACAUGCCAAGUACACCAAAGGUAUAUGGACUCUUCUGAUGCAGAAGAAUGUAAUUUUAGUGAGAUAUAUUAUUCUUUUUUCCCUGUUCAUGUCUAAGAACUUGAAGCCUCCCCCCACCAUUAACCACAUUAGAAAUAAAUGAUGUAUUCAAGACUCCUACAGCAAGAUGAAUGGCUACAGUUUUGUUAAUCGCCAGGAGAUCAUGUUCAGAGGAAAAAUGUACCCUAAAGGUGUUGGAGCUGUAUCAAGCUGUAUUUUCCAAAGAGUUUAAAAUUAAAUUUCUAUCUCCCUUUGGAAUAAAUUAUUUUUUUCUGCUUUCUACGGAA